CUCAAUUCACAAAGCCCUCUUUCCUCCGCCACCACCAUGAGUGCCACUGGCAACACUAGGAAACGGGGGGCGCCGCCGCCAUCAGCAGCAACUCCAUCUCCUAAACCGAAGCAGCAGGCAGUGAUGGAAGAUGAGGAGUUGGACGAGGACGUAUUCCUCGAGGAAACCCUACUCCACUACGAGGAAGAGGACUCGCAGCGCAGUGCGCUCGCCGAUCGACUCGUCAAGUGGAAGCGUCCUCCACUUUCCGAUGCCUACCAAUCUCAGUCUCGAAACAUUGUUUUUCAACAAUUGGAGAUCGAUUACAUUAUUGGAGAUAGCAACAGGGAACUGUUGCCAAGUUCUACUGGUCCUGCUGCAAUUAUAAGGAUUUUUGGGGUAACUGAAGAAGGGCAUAGUGUGUGCUGCAAUGUACAUGGGUUCGAACCAUACUUUUAUAUCAGCUGUCCACCAGGCUUUGGUCCUGAUGAUAUCUCCCGAUUCCAUCAAGUCCUUGAGGGUAAGAUGAGAGAAUCAAACCGAAACAGUAAGGUUCCAAAGUUUGUUCAUCGCAUUGAACUUGUACAGAGGCGAAGCAUCAUGUACUAUCAACAGCAGAAUGCUCAACCAUUUCUUAAAAUUGUAGUGGCACUGCCAACAAUGGUCACCAGCUGCCGUGGUAUCCUAGAUAGAGGAAUACAAAUUGAUGGGUUGGGAAUGAAAAGUUUUAUGACAUACGAGAGCAAUGUGCUUUUUGCUCUUCGAUUCAUGGUUGACUGCAAUAUAGUUGGCGGCAAUUGGAUAGAAGUUCCUUGUGGAAAGUAUAAGAAGACAGGAAGAAACCUCUCCUACUGUCAACUAGAGUUUGAUUGCCUUUUUACGGACUUGAUCAGUCAUGCACCUGAAGGGGAAUUCUCAAAGAUUGCUCCAUUUCGCAUACUAAGUUUUGAUAUUGAGUGCGCUGGAAGAAAAGGCCAUUUUCCUGAGCCCACUCAUGAUCCUGUUAUUCAGGUAGCCAAUCAAGUAACCUUGCAGGGAGAAGACGAGCCAUUUGUUCGCAAUGUGAUGACCCUUAACUCUUGCUCACCUAUUGUUGGAGUUGAUGUAAUGUCAUUUGACACAGAAAAAGAUCUUCUAUUAGCUUGGAGGGACUUCCUGCGUGAAGUGGACCCAGAUAUUAUAAUUGGUUAUAACAUCUGCAAAUUUGAUUUGCCAUACCUCAUUCAGAGAGCUGAAGUGUUGGGGGUAGCUGAAUUUCCAAUAAUUGGACGUAUCCGGAACAGCAGAGUCCGUGUCAAAGAUACAACUUUUUCAUCAAGGCAGUAUGGGACCAGGGAAAGUAAAGAAGUUACCAUUGAGGGGAGAGUUCAAUUUGAUCUGCUACAGGUCAUGCAAAGAGAUUACAAGUUAAGCUCUUAUUCACUAAAUUCUGUAUCUGCACACUUUCUGAAGGAGCAGAAAGAAGAUGUUCAUCAUUCAAUUAUAACUGACCUCCAGAAUGGAAGUUCAGAAACAAGGAGACGCCUUGCUGUGUAUUGUUUAAAGGAUGCUAAACUUCCACAACGUCUUUUGGAUAAGUUGAUGCUCAUAUAUAACUAUGUGGAGAUGGCUCGAGUUACAGGUGUUCCCAUCUCGUUUCUACUUUCCAGAGGGCAGAGCAUUAAGGUGUUGUCUCAGCUUCUAAGGAAAGCUAAACAAAAAAAUAUGGUUAUUCCAAAUGCGAAACAGGCUGGAACUGAACAGGGAACAUAUGAGGGUGCAACUGUUCUGGAAGCCAGAGCAGGGUUCUACGAAAAGCCUAUUGCAACACUUGAUUUUGCAUCUUUGUAUCCAUCAAUUAUGAUGGCAUACAACUUGUGUUAUUGUACGCUGGUAACCCCAGAAGAGGCCCGUAAACUUAAUCUUCCACCAGAGUGCGUCACUAAAACUCCAUCUGGUGAUACAUUCGUGAAAUCAAAUUUACAGAAGGGAAUCCUACCUGAAAUCCUUGAAGAACUUUUGACUGCUCGCAAAAGGGCCAAGGCAGAUUUGAAGGAAGCUAAGGAUCCUCUAGUGAAAGCUGUGCUAGAUGGGCGGCAACUGGCUUUAAAGAUAAGCGCCAAUUCUGUGUAUGGUUUUACUGGAGCAACAGUUGGUCAACUACCUUGUUUAGAGAUAUCCUCCAGUGUUACUAGCUAUGGUCGACAAAUGAUUGAACACACAAAGAAACUUGUGGAAGAAAAAUUCACUGUGCUUGGGGGCUAUGAGCAUAACGCUGAGGUCAUAUAUGGAGAUACUGAUUCAGUUAUGGUGCAAUUUGGUGUGCCCUCAGUUGAUGCAGCUAUGGACUUGGGUAGGGAGGCUGCUGAUUAUAUUAGUGGCACUUUCAUAAGGCCCAUAAAGCUAGAGUUUGAGAAGAUUUACUACCCAUAUUUAUUGAUUAGUAAGAAGAGAUAUGCUGGCCUUAUUUGGACAAACCCAAAUAAAUACGACAAGAUGGAUACAAAAGGGAUUGAAACUGUACGGCGGGACAAUUGCUUGCUAGUCAAGAACCUUGUGACUGAAUGCCUCAAUAAAAUAUUGAUAGACAGGGAUAUUCCUGGUGCAGUUCAGUUUGUCAAGAACACAAUCUCAGAUCUUCUUAUGAAUCGCAUGGAUUUAUCUCUUUUAGUUAUCACCAAGGGUCUGACUAAAACAGGGGAUGACUAUGAAGUUAAAGCAGCGCAUGUUGAGCUUGCAGAACGGAUGCGCAAGAGAGAUGCUGCUACUGCUCCAAAUGUUGGGGAUCGAGUUCCUUAUGUCAUUAUCAAAGCAGCAAAAGGUGCCAAGGCAUAUGAAAAAUCGGAGGAUCCCAUCUUUGUAUUAGAAAACAAUAUUCCGAUAGACCCUCAUUACUACCUUGACAAUCAAAUUAGCAAGCCAUUACUGAGGAUCUUUGAACCUAUAUUGAAGAAUGCUAGUAGUGAGCUUCUCCACGGAAGUCAUACACGAUCUAUUUCCAUUUCUACCCCUUCCAACAGCGGCAUUAUGAGAUUUGCUAAAAAGCAACUAACUUGCAUUGGGUGUAAGGCUUUAAUCAGUAAUUCAGAACAAACUCUAUGCUCACACUGCAAAGGAAGAGAAGCUGAACUUUAUUGCAAGUCCGUGGCUAAUGUGGCUGACUUAGAGGAACUCUUUGGAAGACUCUGGACACAGUGCCAGGAGUGCCAAGGCUCUCUUCAUCAGGAUGUGCUUUGCACUAGUCGAGAUUGCCCAAUAUUUUACCGGAGAAAGAAAGCACAGAAGGACAUGGCAGAAGCCAAGCGACAAUUAGACCGAUGGCUCUGAAGUUAUUCUGCACCUUCUGCAAUGUGCAGAUGAGGUUAGUCUAGAAAAUGUAACAGAAGGCCAAAGAGAUGGGGAGGAUUUUGGUCACUUUUUCCCAUUUUUGUAUUAGAGAUUAUUGAAAAUAUUGUUGUUCCUUUUGCGGUGCUGUGAAUAUAUGAUCCUUUCUCA